AUGAAAGCCGGGGGCCUCUCUGCCCUCUGCAAGGCCCACGACGUUGCCACAGGAGAAGAUCAGAGCGGGGCCCUCCGGGAGGGCUGCCGGCGCGUGGAGGCGUUCCUUCCCGGAGGUGAGGGGCGGGAGCGGGGCGGGAGCGGGAGUGGGGCGGCCCCGCGGCAUCACCGUGUGUCUCGGCUCGCAGGUACCUUCGUGCCGGGCGCGGGCUGCGGGCGCGGCGCGGGCUGCCGGCCGUGCCCGCCCGACACCUUCUCCAGCGCCGCGGGACAGAGCCGCUGCACCCUCUGCCGCAAGUGCGAAGGAAGAUUCAGGUAUUUAAGAGAAUGUUCACCGAAAAACGAUGCCGAAUGUACAUGCAGGGAUGGGUAUCACUGCAGUGGAGAUGGCUGCUCCCGCUGCGACAGAAACUGCGGCGUGGGUGAGGAGCACACAGGGAGCGGUUGCCAAGCUUGCCAUUUUGGAACUUUUAAUGAUCAACCCAAUGGCUCCUGUAAAAACUGGACAAAGUGCUUAGCAGCUCAGGUCCUGGAGCCUGGUACGACAGCAAAAGAUGUGGUUUGCAGACACACUUCAGAUAGUCCUACUUUAGCCACUGCUCUAGCUACUACUCUGGCUACUACUUCUGCCUUUCCAUUUUCUAUCACUGUGCCAGGGAAGGACCUCCAGAUGGACAUCAUCAGAAUUUCUCUUGUUGUAACUGGGCUGUUGUGUAUCCUGUUUCUGCUGCCUUUGUGCUUAUGCUUCAGUAUCUGGCAGAAAAAGAGACUACGUACUAUCUUCAAGAAAAUGCAUACCACUCUUGAACAGUCAAUUCAGGAAGAUGACGCCUGCAGUUGCCGCUUUCCUGAGGAAGAACAAGGUGAAUAUCAGGACUGUGGCAAAUCCACAGACUUCAGAGAUCCUUUGGUGAAUUAGGAAUUACACUGCUUAGGU